AUGCGUUCGUUCGUUACCUGCACCGUCCUGGCCUCCGUCGCCUCCGUGGCCGUCGCCCAGCUCGGCCACCCUCUCUUCGAGUACCCUUCGGCCGUCCCUGUUGAGAAGCGUCAGGAGCCCGGAACCCCUCAGUACCAGUGCCACGAGGACUGCGGUCUCCUCAUCACCCUCGGCCGUCAGGACGGCUACUGCGACAGCUCAGAGUGGACCGAGCGCUACGGCCGCUGCAUGACCUGCGCCAACGAGUACAGCAUCUGGAGGUACUACUCCAGCGGUGUCACCUCCGCUGCCAGCAAGUGCGGCCUGACCCCGGUCCCGAGUCCCUCUGGAGCCGCCGCCGAGACCACAGCCGCGCCCGCCACGACCUCCGCCGCCCCGGCCCCGGCCACCACCGCCGCGGAGCCCGCCACCACCAGCACCUCCACAGCGGCCACCCCUGCCGAGGAGUCUUCUUCUUCUGCUGCUGCCGCUUCCUCGUCCUCCGCCACCGGUGUCCCCGCCACCACCCUUUCCACCCAGGCCAGCACCGCCGCCUCCGGCACGGCCUCCGGCGCCGCUACCACCUCCACCGGUGCCGCUGGUACUUCCGCCGCCACAGCUACGCGCGUCCACUCCAUCGGAACCUCCGUCGUUAUUCCCUCCGGAACUCCUACGCCCAGCACCGUCUUCGCCGGCGCUGGUAAGAACGCUGCUGCCGCUGGCUUGGUCUUUGCCGGUAUGGUCCUCGCUGCCUUCUAG